GGUUUGAACUGGCCAAUGGGCGAGCUGCCGACCGGGUGUCGGAAAAGGAGGCGGAAGCGGGGAGGAGUCGCCGCGGGAGCCGGACAGCAUCCGCCGCGGCGUCUCCAUGGCACGGCCCUGGCCUCCGACUUCAACGACUUCAUAAGGAGGCGUUUCUGGGCGCAGCCGUGUCGCUCCUGGUUUCCAUCGUGUGGGAAGAACGGAGUAACAAGUCUCACGCAGAAAAAGGCUUUGAGGACACCCUGUGGCGCACCCAGUGUGACUGUGACGAAGCAAACCAUGAAGGACCGCUCUUCAACUCCCCCCUUACAUGUCCACGUGGAUGAGAACACUCCUGUCCACGUCCACAUAAAAAAACUCCCGAAACCGGCAGCGGCCAGCAGCCAGAAAUCUCAUAAGCGUGGAAUGAAAGGGGACACCGUGAAUGUGCGGCGGAGUGUCCGGGUGAAAACCAAGGUACCUUGGAUGCCCCCUGGAAAGUCAUCCGCCCGGCAUGUGGGAUGCAAGUGGGAGAAUCCGCCUCAUUGCCUGGAGAUCACGCCACCGUCUUCAGAAAAGCUGGUCUCAGUGAUGCGGUUAAGUGACCUCUCUACAGAAGAUGACGACUUGGGUCACUGUAAAAUGAACCGUUAUGAUAAGAAGAUUGACAGUCUAAUGAACGCGGUUGGUUGUCUCAAGUCUGAGGUCAAGAUGCAGAAAGGUGAGCGCCAGAUGGCCAAAAGAUUCCUGGAGGAGCGGAAGGAGGAGCUGGAGGAGGUGGCCCACGAGCUGGCCGAGACCGAGCACGAGAACACCGUGCUGAGGCACAACAUCGAGCGCAUCAAGGAGGAGAAGGACUUCACCAUGCUUCAGAAGAAACACCUGCAGCAGGAGAAGGAGUGCCUCAUGUCCAAGCUGGUAGAGGCUGAAAUGGAUGGGGCUGCCGCAGCCAAGCAAGUCAUGGCCUUGAAGGACACCAUCGGGAAGCUGAAGACAGAGAAACAAAUGACUUGCACGGACAUUAACACCCUGACGAGGCAGAAGGAACUUCUCCUGCAGAAGCUGAGCACAUUCGAGGAGACCAACCGCACCCUCCGAGACCUGCUGAGGGAACAGCACUGCAAAGAGGAUUCCGAAAAGCUAAUGGAACAACAAGGAGCCCUACUCAAAAGGCUGGCGGAGGCGGACUCAGAGAAAGCGCGCCUGCUCUUACUACUGCAAGACAAGGACAAGGAGGUAGAAGAACUUCUCCAGGAAAUACAGUGUGAGAAGGCUCAAGCAAAAACAGCGUCUGAGCUUUCUAAGUCUAUGGAGUCCAUGCGGGGGCAUUUGCAGGCACAGCUCCGGUGCAAAGAGGCAGAGAACAGUCGCCUGUGCAUGCAGAUCAAGAACCUGGAGCGCAGUGGGAACCAGCACAAGGCAGAAGUGGAGGCCAUCAUGGAACAGCUAAAGGAGUUAAAGCAAAAGGGAGACCGGGACAAAGAGUCCUUAAAGAAGGCCAUCCGAGCCCAGAAGGAACGCGCCGAGAAGAGUGAGGAGUAUGCCGAGCAGCUGCACGUGCAACUUGCCGACAAGGAUCUUUAUGUCGCUGAAGCUUUAUCCACUCUGGAAUCAUGGAGGAGCCGCUAUAAUCAAGUUGUGAAAGACAAGGGAGACCUCGAGCUCGAAAUUAUCGUCCUCAAUGACCGGGUGACAGAUCUCGUAAACCAGCAACAAACGUUGGAGGAGAAGAUGCGGGAAGACCGGGACAGCCUGGUGGAGAGACUGCACCGGCAGACCGCCGAGUAUUCCGCGUUUAAGCUGGAGAAUGAGAGGCUGAAGGCUAGUUUCGCCCCGAUGGAGGACAAGCUCAGUCAGGCGCACCUCGAGGUGCAGCAGCUAAAGGCGUCGGUUAAGAACUACGAAGGGAUGAUUGACAACUAUAAGAGUCAGGUGAUGAAGACCAGACUGGAGGCUGAUGAAGUGGCUGCCCAGCUGGAACGCUGUGACAAAGAGAACAAGAUCCUUAAAGAUGAGAUGAACAAAGAGAUUGAAGCGGCCCGUAGGCAGUUCCAGUCCCAGCUGGCUGACCUGCAGCAGCUGCCUGACAUCCUCAAGAUCACAGAGGCUAAGCUGGCCGAGUGCCAAGACCAGCUGCAGGGCUACGAGAGGAAGAACAUCGACCUCACGGCCAUCAUAUCAGACCUGCGCAGCCGGAUCGAACAUCAGGGGGACAAGCUGGAGAUGGCGAGAGAGAAACAUCAGGCUUCCCAGAAGGAAAAUAAACAGCUGAGUCUGAAGGUGGAUGAACUGGAGAGGUUAGAGGCACUUGGUCCCAUCUGUCUCUUCCUAGGACCCGAGACUUUCAUCCACUUAGCUGCUCUGGGCUUAGUGUGCAGAAGUGUUGAGGGACUCAAGGCCCUAGAAGGUACUGGGCAGACCUCAGAGGAAAAGCUGCUUCCAUUGCAGUGGAAACUGGAGGCGACCAGCGCCCAGAAUAUCGAGUUCCUACAGGUGAUUGCCAAGAGGGAGGAAUCAAUCCACCAGUCCCAGCUGCGGCUAGAGGAGAAAACACGGGAAUGUGGGUCCCUGGCCAGGCAGUUGGAGAGCGCUAUUGAAGAUGCUAGGAGGCAGGUGGAACAGACCAAGGAGCAUGCAGUCUCCAAGGAGCGAGCAGCCCAGAACAAAAUCCUGGACCUUGAGACCCAGCUGAGCAGGACCAAAACUGAGCUCAGCCAGCUGCGGAGGAGUCGAGAUGAUGCUGACCGUCGCUACCAGAGCCGGCUGCAAGACCUCAAAGAUCGCCUGGAGCAGUCGGAGAGCACCAAUCGGAGCAUGCAGAACUACGUCCAGUUCCUCAAGUCGUCCUACGCCAACGUGUUUGGGGACAGUCCCUACACUACCUUCCUCACCAGCUCUCCCAUCCGCUCCCGAUCUCCUCCUACCUAAGGCCGCCAGUCUCAAGCCGGGAGCCCGGUCUGAUGCCAUGGGAACUGAAGAGUGGCCAAGCCACAGCUGAAAGGCCUGUUGGCUUUCCUCUCUCUUCCACUGAUGAAGUGCGUUCAGGGUCUUGUCUUAGCUACUGGCUCCAGAAAAGUCCCUAAAGCACUGGGGGGGUGAAAUAGGUACCACUUAGUUUUCUCUCCUCUCUGAGCCACCUCAUGGAAAUUUUCAACUACCUUGACAAGCCUUAAAUCCUCUGAUCCUAGGGUACCAGAUUUUAAUUCACCAUGACUUUGCUCCUUCCUUUCCCGAGCAAAUGUCUGGAGUGGACUUUUUCUUCCAGUCCCCUCACAGCCUUCCUCUUCUGAGGAAUCUCUUAUUGGGCUUUCUCUGACCAGAACGAGCGGGAGCUGUUGGCCAGGGGGCCUCACCACGAGUCCCGGGCUGUGAGCACACUCACUCGCUGUUUAAAGGGCCCUUGUUUUCCCCAAGGCCCUCCUCCCCCACGCCUGGUGGAGAUCUCAUGCCCAAGCGUCCUUGAGGCCACCGCCCCUGAGCACUUCACAACAGACCCCGCAGGGCUGUGUCCAGUGGCCUUUUGAAAGUAUAAUCCCCAUCCCAUUGGUUUGUAUUUCUGUUUGCCAGACUUGUAUCUAUGGAAUGCAUUUAUUCUGGAAAUAAUGUGUGUUGUGUUUUACAGAAAGCUUUUCUAGUCAAUAUUUAAGGCUCCAUGGUUUCCUUUACCUACCCCAUCCCGUUUUUUAAAAAAUGAUUAAGGACAAUGCUGCAGGAGAGCCAGUAAACAAGUACUUGGUACGUGGGA